GGGCGUGUCAAAGGUCAUGGAUGAACACAACAGGUGAGGCCACUCAGACGUGCUGAGGAACAGCCCGGAGGAGAGCCAUGCCUCCUAAGAAGUGCAAUCAGACAAAGGUGAUGAGGAACCACCGAGAACAUCACAAACCUCCAGAGUCUGCCACCAUGAACUCUAAUAACGACUCAAAAAGCUCCAAUCUCGGCCUCCAAGUCAAGAAGAGGAAAACGACCAUCGCGACCCUGGCAGAAGCGGAGGAAGAGAGCAUGCUAACGUGGCUGAGAGAACAUCCCGAGUUGUACAACAAGAAGGCAAAGGAGUAUAAGAAUUUGCAGAGGAAGGAGACACUGUGGCAGGAAAAGGCAUCGGACAUGGGAAGGAGCGUGGAGCAUCUCCAGACUUGGUACAGGAGCAUGAGGACACGGAUGGCCAGGCUGCUGAAAAACAAGUCUGUGGAAGAACUGACCGACAGGGACACUUGGGUGAUGGAAAACUUUACUUUCCUCCGGAAGCACAUCGAAGCGGUACACAGGGGGAGGGGACCAAUGAAAAGAAUUGCUCAGGGACCGGGUCCUCCGGUGAGCCAGGGUACGCUGGACCCGGUCACAAACCACAUCCUGCUGAUGCAGCAGCAGCUGAUGGAGCGGCUGCAGCCGCAGGGCGACCAGGAGAGACUCGGGUUCGCCGAGUGGGUCCGAGCGACGCUGGUCAGCCUGCAGCACGACGUGUGGCGGCGCGCCCAGCGGGACAUCAUC